ACUUGUGGGAAGUUUCUUGCCAGUGCUGGGACCAAUAUACAAGUGGUCCCUUCCCUAGAGCCCAGGUACACCCCUUCUCCUGCAUACAAGCAAAUCCUUCAAGGACUGAACAUGAGAACAGAUACAACAGAGAGCAAUAACACCAAAUCCAGUACACCCCUCCUAACCCAAAGAUACCUGAGAAUGGUCACAAAGGAUGGACACAGCACAUUCCAGAUGGAUGGUGCACAAGGACAAGGUCUGGCAUACCUCCGAGAUGCCUGGGGAAUACUAAUGGACAUGCGCUGGAGAUGGAUGAUGCUUGUCUUUUCCGCUUCUUUUGUCAUUCACUGGCUAGUUUUUGCAGUGCUUUGGUAUGUGCUGGCUGAGAUGAACGGUGACCUGGAGCUGGACCACGACUCUCCACCUGACAACCAUACUAUCUGUGUCAAGUACAUCACCAGUUUUACAGCUGCAUUCUCCUUCUCACUGGAGACACAACUCACCAUUGGUUAUGGUACCAUGUUCCCAAGCGGGGACUGCCCCAGUGCUAUUGCCCUGCUUGCAAUACAGAUGGUCUUAGGGCUCAUGCUGGAAGCCUUCAUCACAGGUGCUUUUGUGGCAAAGAUUGCCCGUCCAAAGAACCGGGCAUUCUCCAUCCGCUUCACUCGCUCUGCCGUAGUGACCCACACAGAGGGGAAGCCAUACCUUAUGUUCCAGGUGGCUAACACACGCUCCAGCCCACUCACCAGCGUCCAGAUUUCUGCUAUUCUUUACCAAGAACAGGAGAACGGUCAGCUGCACCAGACCAGUAUUGACUUCCACCUAGACAGCAUUACUUUGGAUGAGUGUCCUUUUUUUACCUUCCCACUGACCUACUACCACUCAAUCAUCCCACCCAGCCCACUGGCUGCUCUCCUCCAAAGAGAGGCUGCUCACCACUUUGAGCUGGUCGUCUUUCUAUCAGCGGUGCAGGAAGGGACAGGAGAAAUUUGUCAGAGGAGGACAUCCUACCUCCCCUCAGAGAUCAUGCUGUACCAUCGUUUUGCCCCUGUGCUAGCCCGCAGUGCCAAAGGUGAAUAUCAGAUCAAGAUGGAGAAUUUUGACAAGACAAUUCCUGAGCUCCCAGCCGCAGCUGAUUCAAUGAAUCCAAUGAGGACUGCCAAGGAGAUCCGCAUCAACGGACAACACGUCGACAGCUUCCAGCUCUCUGAGACUGGCCUCACAGAAUAGAUGGAACAGACUUUGAACUUUGUGCUUUUUUUUAAUUAUUAUUACAUUAAACUCUGAGGUCACAUUGACAACGUUCUUUCCUUGCCUGCCCUGCCAUCUUCUAAUGAUCUCUCCUAUUUUCCUCCUACUGAUCACAACACAAUAUGCAAAGCGAAGAGAACUGACAUGCCCAUGCAAACUUGGGAGAGGGUGGAUCAACCACCUAGGACAAAGGCAGGUACAAGAUUCACAGUACUGCUGGGAAAUCAGAAGAGCUACCUGCUGAAGUCACUAGAUCGUGAUUAAAGUUGUGUGAUUGUGACGGGAGAGACUUCCAAAGCUGACCAAAAUCCUAACUAACCUGCUUGCGACAAAAUUGGACAGCAAAAAUACAAGACAAAAAUCUCACGCAAAACCAAUAUGGAGUCAUUCAGUCAAUACAUUAGUCCUUGGAUAAGCAACUCAGUUGAUUCAAGACCCCGGUUUUUCUGUUAUUUUCACUCUUUGUGAGAUACUUGGUUAUAUCUGAUUUCGGAGGGAUGAACUUACUCUUAGGAAGUAUUGCCAACCUCUCACAGCAGUGAGAAGUCCCCCUGCUGUGCUUGCUGAUUAAGCAGAACUGUAAAUAUUAUCUGUAGCUUUUUGUUCUGUCAGAUAUGAGGAGAACUAAUCUCCUCAUUGGUCUAUGAAGACAUUAUGAAAAAAUCUUGAUGCAUAUGGCAAAUGCUGACUGGAACAUUUUUCGUAUUUGGAAACACCAAAUAAAUUAUUUAGCAGUGGAAAC